AUUUCACAAACUAUAAAAUGUCAUGUAAGACUUAAAAUAAAUAUUGCUGAUAGAGAGGAUAUUCAAAAAGCAAUACAAAAUAUAGCAGAAGCUCAGAUUUUACAGUUGACAUCUGAAUGUGAAUUUGCUUCACUCUAUGCUUUAGAAGAAGCAGAGUCUUCAAAAAUGUAUGAAUAA